AUAAUAAUAAUAAAUAGCUUGUGACCCAGGUGCAGAAAAACAAGAGAUAGUAUACUAAUACAGAGAGUGUGGUAUGGCCUUUCCCUUAGGAUAUCUUCAGAAGAAAGAAGAAAAAACAGUGAGGGAAGAGAUUAUAUACGGAGAUAUACUGACUUACAGUGAUCUGUCCCAAACCAUUCUAAAGCCCAUUUAGUGACAUCAUGAAAAAAUAAUACCUGUUCAUGGCAAAGAUUAUCAGCUGAGGUUACACAGUUCCCUUGCAGUGACACUCCGUGAUCAAAAUUGCAAUCAGCCAUCUUAUGAUUCGUGAACUCCCUGUACAUGAUUUUCCAUUCAAUUCACAAUGAGAUGUUGUGUAUGGCUGCUUAUAUCGACAGAUAAUAAUCUGUGCAUACUGUAUAGUAACAAAAUCCGCAGUUCUCAUUGUCAUUGGGUUAUUCUUAUAAUGUACUUCAUAAAGUGUACAUUCAAUGGCAUCUCAGACAGAAAGCUUAUUUUAUAAUUAGACAUUUUGGGUACAUACAACUGUACUGCUUCCAAAUGGAUAAUGAUAAUCAGUGAGCUUCUAAUGAUAAUCAGUGAGCUUCUAAUGAUAAUCAGUGAGCUUCUAAUGAUAACCAGUGAGCUUCUGAUAAUCAGUGAGCUUCUAAUGAUAAUAAGUGAGCUUCUAAUGAUAACCAGUGAGUUUCUGAUAAUCAGUGAGCUUCUAAUGAUAAUCAGUGAGCGUCUAAUGAUAACCAGUGAGCUUCUGAUAAUCAGUGAGCUUCUAAUGAUAAUCAGUGAGCGUCUAAUGAUAACCAGUGAGCUUCUGAUAAUCAGUGAGCUUCUAAUGAUAAUCAGUGAGCUUCUAAUGAUAACCAGUGAGCUUCUGAUAAUCAGUGAGCUUCUAAUGAUAAUCAGUGAGCUUCUAAUGAUAACCAGUGAGCUUCUAAUGAUAAUCAGUGAGCUUCUAAUGAUAGUCAGUGAGCUUCUAAUGAUAAUCAGUGAGCUUCUAAUGAUAGUCAGUGAGCUUCUAAUGAUAAUCAGUGAGCUUCUAAUGAUAAUCAGUGAACUUCUAAUGAUAGUCAGUGAGCUUCUAAUGAUAAUCAGUGAGCUUCUAAUGAUAAUCAGUGAGCUUCUAAUGAUAAUCAGUGAACUUCUAAUGAUAAUCAGUGAGCUUCUGAUAAUCAGUGAGCUUCUAAUGAUAAUCAGUAAGCUUCUAAUGAUAAUCAGUGAACUUCUAAUGAUAAUCAGUGAGCUUCUAAUGAUAACCAGUGAGCGUCUAAUGAUAAUCAGUGAGCUUCUAAUGAUAAUCAGUGAGCGUCUAAUGAUAAUGAGUGAGCUUCUAAUGAUAAUGAGUGAACUUCUAAUGAUAACCAGUGACCUUCUAAUGAUAACCAGUGAGCGUCUAAUGAUAAUCAGUGAGCUUCUAAUGAUAACCAGUGAGUGUCUAAUGAUAAUCAGUGAGCUUCUAAUGAUAAUCAGUGAGCUUCUAAUGAUAAUCAGUGAGCUUCUAAUGAUAACCAGUGAGCUUCUGAUAAUCAGUGAGCCUCUAAUGAUAACCAGUGAGCAUCUAGUGAUAAUCAGUGAGCUUCUAAUGAUAACCAGUGAGCAUCUAAUGAUAAUCAGUGAGCAUCUAAUGAUAAUCAGUGAGCAUCUAAUGAUAAUCAGUGAGCUUCUAAUGAUAAUCAGUGAGCUUCUAAUGAUAACCGGUGAGCUUCUGAUAAUCAGUGAGCUUUUAAUGAUAAUCAGUGAGCUUCUAAUGAUAACCAAUGAGCUUCUGAUAACCAGUGAGCUUCUAAUGAUAACCAGUGAGCUUCUAAUGAUAAUCAGUGAGCUUCUAAUGAUAACCAGUGAGCUUCUGAUAAUCAGUGAGCUUCUAAUGAUAAUCAGUGAGCUUCUGAUGGUAAUCAGUGAAAUUCUAAGAAGCAGAGGCAAAAUUAACCUUCUGAAUUUAACAUCAAUAUGCUUACAUGUUUACACAUUGACAAUGAGCUAAGUAAUACUUUACAAUUUUAAAUGCAUUAUAUUUUAUGCAUAUUUCCACUUUAUAUCUGUCUUAAUUAUAACAAUAUCUCAAACCAAAAUGAAGUAUGUGAUCAAUAAGAGGAAUUCAUAUUUAAAUGUUUAUUUUCAUAUACCACAUUUUAUGAUAUCAUGGUUUCUGUCCAGUGAUAAGCAACGUGUACAAAUUUAAUAUAUGCAUAUGUAAAUGUAUAAAUCAAACAUGUAAAUAAAUCAUGUUGUUUAAAUUUGGCAAGUUUGUAUCUUCUGUUUUAUUCUCUUCACUUGCCAAAUCCAAAGGAAAAAAUUUGAAUGCAGUAAGAAGAUUAAAGACUAUUGUGUGUAAUUUUUAUGUUUUGAGGAUAUAUUCAGGAGGUUAAAAAAUCCUCACACUUCUGUGGUAUCAGAUCUGCUGACUCUUUUGAAUCUUUAUUUUUAAAGGUUUAUAUAGGUAAAUAUUUUCAUUCCUAUAAGUAUGUAAGCCGAGCAUGGGAAUCUGAACAGACACCUUAUUUUCUUCACAUAAGAGAAACAAAAUGUGUUUUUUCUUGGGCAGAACACAAUUGAUAUGAAAUGACCACACAUGCUUUAAAUUAUGUAAGCAGUAAUGAAGGGUGAUUCCACAGUUACACCUUUUAAUAUAAUGUGUGUGAAGAAUCUUGCUGUUAAUCUUUGAGUUUAAGAUGAUGUGACCUGUAAAAAAAUGUUCAUAUUGUAAUAACUGUUUGAUGUCAUCUGUGUUUUGAUCGAAUUACUGAUGACUGUAUGUUACUUGACUGCUACAGCAUGACAGAUGCACAAGCACUCAGGAUUAUUACCUAGAUAAAAAAAUGAACAUGAAACGUUUAUGUUGUUCUCAUUAUUUUUAGAAUAAAAUUGGCCAAGAGCUGUUCAAAUA